GGUUUUCGCGGCCUUGGCGAUACGCGCGAUGAGGUCGAAAACAAACAUGGCUAAUGAAACAGAAACGUUAGCAGCUGCAGCUCUUCCUGAUAACCAAGUUACAGAAAUAUCUGGCCCACAUUCAUCAAAGCACUCAAGGAAGAAAGCUUCGAAUUCAGCAAAAGAUGCCGGUCGGUCCUCUUCUGUGGCUAUGCAGAGCGGUCCUUCCCCAGCUUGUAUGAAGGCUGAGAGUCAGACAAAGUUACCCAAACCUAAAAUUAAUCUUCGAGCCCUCUUUGAUUACCACUUCACACGAAAGCAGCACCGGUUCCGCAAAAGAUGGAACCCUACGGAGACAAAACCACGCACAUCUCGCAGAUACGUCAGAAAAUGGUCGGCUAGGCACAGAAUCCCAGAAGAAGAACAGAGGAGGAGAAUGAAAGAGAGGGGAAUUGUAUUUCCCUUCGUGGAGAAAUACUACGGCAGGAAGCAUCUCCCUUUAAAAACGGUGCGAGAAUAUGAGCAUGCGGCUUUGAAGGGGUUUUUCAAAUACAUUGAAAUGUUGAAAUAUGAAGAUCAUUUGAAGAAGUCCUUGACGCGGUUGAAUGCUGGGGGUGAUCUUGAAAAUGAAUGUCUGGAAUCACGGAGGCACAAAUACAUGGAUGACGAUGGACCCAUUUCUCCCAUUGCAGAGACCAGCAACGAGGAUUCUGGUAAUGAAGACAUUGGUGCCAAAAUAGUGGACAAUAGUUGUUUCAUACUGAGCAGCAAAAUUCCCAAGAAAAAGAAGAAGUUGAACUCGAGGAGAAAAUGAACGGCAACUUUUGUUAGAAUUCAGGACAUUUAAGUGGAAUGCCUAGAACGCAUACAAAUAAAGUUUUUAACUUUCUGAAGAUCCAAGCUACCUUAAAUAAAGUCUCUUAAAAGCAAGCAAAAUAGAAGACCAGCAAAACCACUGAAUGUCCUCCAUGAUGUGCAUGUAUUUCAAAUGAAGGCUCAAGGAUGACUGCAUGAGGCAAAAAAAAAAAUGAGACUGAUCUUCCGCAAGAAGUGUUCGUGAUUUCCCCAUUCCUGAAACGCCUCAGCUUGGAAAAUGGAUGCAUUCAGACUCUCGCGUCGACUGUGGUUUCAUUAGGGCAAAGAAUUCAGUGACUUGGCCACUUGAGUCACAUGACUGACAAGCCACCUCCCCACCAGUCACAUCACCGACAAGCCACGCCCAGAGAACCGGUAGUAAAAGAUUCUAAAACCCACCACUGCUUUCAGCAGCACAACUCCACAACAGCCGGCCACUGUCUACCGCCGAACACAACAUACUACUGAAAGGCCUAAACUAUCACCCAGGGGAAUGCCAAUCAACUAGAAUUCUUUGCCAGCCUUAGAAGGAGCAUUUAAAACCCCGGGAUUCCCCACAGAGAUGCAAGAAAGCAUCCGACAAGAAGAAGACAAGUACAGAACCAACUCGGAGCAGAAGACAGAGCAGCCCUCAGAAACCUAAAGAGGUAUCAAAUUAUCAACAUCCUUCCAGCAGAUGAAACUUGAACCCAGGGUUGUCAUGGAUACAUUAAAAUAUAUACAAAAAGCAAAAGAAUUAUUAGAAGAGAAACUUACAUGAGUCCCACAGAAAAAUGAAUCCUUUGGAUCAAAAGAAAGCUCAGCGACCUCACCAAGAAAGGGCAAAUCACCAAAGAAGACCAGGGAAACCCAACAUACAACAUGGCUGACUAAAAAGCUCAGAUACCUCACAGAGGGAAGCAAAUACUCCCAACAACUCAGUACAGUGCCUCCCAAGUAAUCCAAGACGUAGGCGAAGACAAAAGCAUCUUUGCCGUUUGACGUCACAGCUCGUUUUACAUCCGUAGAUCCAAAAUUAGCCCAAAGAAUCCGUGACGGCACUAAUGUCUGUUAAAAAAAAACCCAACAACCUUGGAUUUUCUUGCUUUGCUUCGUAACUGGCCAUUUACAUACCAUCCAGAGAAAGUCUGCAAUUCAGCUUAUGCUUAUUCUCUCCUUCGGGAGAAGGGCUGUAUAUAAAUCCAAAUAAACAUAUGCAAGAAACUCUUGGAAAAUCAAGGUUGGAAAACCGAAUUUUGGGGGAAGAUAAAAAGAAAAAUCCCGACAAGGAACAACUAAAAGCAAGCUGCAGUCAUUUGAGCAAAUCUUUGAAGGAAUCCAAAAUAUGCAUCUAUGGCUCAAGCUGUCAUGCUGUUGAUCCCAGAAGAUCCCAGGUCCCAGAUGCACAUUUCAGACUAAAAUCUCAAGGAACAACUAGGACAGACCACACCAGAGCAUAUAGAAAGGCUGACAAGCCACAGUCAAGAUUCCUUCCCCAAGAUAAGCUGGAGAAAGAGAAGCCAAACUAAACCCUAGAAUCAAAGAUGAACCGGAGCCCAAAUGGCUGGUCAAGAUGUCCAGGCUGCCCACUAUCUUCCGCAGAAGACAACAUGCUACAUUAAAGCCUAAACUAUAACCCAGGGGAUGCUUAUUGCUGUGAGUCGCCCUGAGUCCUUGUAAAUAAAUAAAUAAAUAAAUAAUGCCAGUCAACUAGAAUUCUUUGCCAGCCUUAGAAGGAGCAGUUAUAAAACUACCGGAUUCCCUACGGAGAUCCAAAAAAAAAAAAAAAGCAUUAGAAAGAAGAACAAGAACAAAACCAACUCAGAGCAGAAGACAGAGCAGCCCUCAGAAACAUAAAGAGGUACCAAUCAUCAUCCUUCCAGGAUCAUCAAUCUCUUCCAGGGUUGAAACCAGGGUUAUCAUUGGCUACGUCAGAAAUGCAUACAAAAAGCGAAAAGAAUUAUUAAAGAAUACAAACUUACAUCCUUUCGCCGUGCCCUUAAGACUUUACUGUUUCAACAGGCUGGGCUGGCUUAAAUAAUGAAUUUUAAUGGGUGUUUUAGUUUUAGGGCCAAAUUAUUUAAUAUGUUUUAAACUGUUUUUAAAUUUUAUGGAUAUAUGUGUUUUAUUAUUGCUGUGCAGCGCCCUGAGUCCCUCAGGAGAAGGGCGUUAUAAAAAUUUAAAUAAUAAAUAAAUCAUGGCGAACACCGAUCCAAUAGAAAAACGAAUCAUCUGGAUCAAGGGAACGCUCGGCAACCUCCCCAAGAAAGGGAAAAUCACCAAAGAAAGACCAGCGGCCAAUUAAAAGUAGUGGACCGGUCCUUCUACACUUCUGCGCAUACUUCUCCAUUAAGUUGUAUCAGAGAUCUUCAAACUUGGCAGCUUUAAGACUUGUGGACCUCAACUCCCAGAAUUCUCCAGCCAGCUGGAGAAUUCUGGAAAUUGAAGUCCACAAGUCUUAAAGCUGCCAUCAGGAACCCCAACAUACCACAUGGCUAAAGAAUUGACUAAAAGGCUCACCGAGGGAAGCAAAUUCUCCCAACCUACUCACUACAGUGCCUCCAAAUAAUCAAAAGACGUGAUCGUAGGUGAAGACAAAACCACCUUCGUCAUUUGAUGCCGCAAGUUCUUUUUACAUCCAUAGAUCCAAAAUUAGCCAAUGAACCGUGACAGCGCUGACCUAACCAAAUACACCAACAUUGAAAUAACCAGAAAUGUGGACCUUGCCAAACUUUGCCUAACCCACGUACUUCUAGUUCGGCUGAACCCCGCGGGUUCACUGCUUUCCAAACUAAUAGAGGUACCAUAAUAUCGACCGUAGUCAUAUACAUACAACCCAAAAUAUAAAUUGGGUACGUAUUUAUUUAUUUAUUUAUUUUAUUGAAUUUCAAUACCGCCCUACUCCCGGAGGACUCAGGGCGCUGCACAGCCAUGAAAUAAAACACGUAGAUGACACCUUUGUCAUUUAAACGGGCCAAGUAGGGACCACGCAAAGCCCCCUUCAACAACAUCUUCAAAGGAUUAAAGUUCACUAGGGAAGGGUGUUGGGGGGGGAACCCUCUACUACCUUUCCUUGGAUAUCUUCAUUCCAGAUGGCAAAUUAGAAAUACACAUCUGUUGUAAAAGCCACCACACCAACCAACAACAGACUUGUUAACCACCACAUGAUGUCACUGCAGCACGCAAACCGACCAAAGCCUUCCAAAAUAGAACUAAACCAAAAGACUCAGCAGCCCCCAGAAGAAGAAAAAAACCAGAAAUAAUCUACAACAUAUAUUGCAAAGGCCCAUAACAGCCACUCCGGAUAAACAGACACAGAAGACUAUCAUAUCAUGUCUAUAAAUGCCAAUUAGCAACUCAAGACAUGAAAACUCCUCACCGUCAAUAAACAUCCAGAUGAACGGAGAUGAACACAAAGAUUAACAUUAGACCGACCAUCAAGAAGCAAACAAUACCCCAGUCAAGGGACUGACAAGCUAACAGCGAUCCACCAAGGCCACUCCUACCAACUCUGAUAAGGCAAGCCAGUCUAGUGUAUAAAAUGAGAACAAAGCCUACUCCCUACUAGAACUGAUGCUAUUACUUAGUUCGGUAAUGAGAUAUCUGCAAGAAAAACGGCGAAGCCCAGAAAGCACCAAAGACUCCGCAAUUCAACCCUGAGCUACAGAUAUUCUCUUCCAUUGAGAUCUAUGGCUGAUAUGCUGCAAGUUGACAGCUGGUUUUCCCUGGUGAGCCCAACGCAUAAGUGAACGGCAGCCGCUUCAGAUGAAGAAACGGGCACGGCAUGUAGUAGCCUUUAACAGGAUGAACAGGCAACAAGAGUUUGACCACUUUUUUCAGCAAGAAAACAAGAUUGGAACCAGAUACAACAGAAUUGGCCUUGGAUGAUCCGAAACCCUAAUAAGUACCACCAGAAGCACCACCACUUGAACUUGGAGAAAACAGCAAGUCGAUUAUUGAUGACUCCGAAAUUGAAAAUAAUCUUCCUGACUGCUAGAAAUACCUUAAAGGCAAAUAACACUUUUAUUUUCUUAUGUCAUUAGGGCAAAGAAGUGACAUCGAAUUGGCCACUCCCACCCAGGCACAUGACCACCCAGCCACGCCCACAAAACGGGUUGGGGGAACGGGACAUCCAUGGUGCUGACCCUCCUGAAAAGGUAUCAGUAAAAAGCAGGGAGCCUGUAUCGAAAUAACCCCCAAGGAAAUCUCCGUGGGAGUCUGCAAAGUUGGCUGAAAGUGGACUUCGAGCCAAAGGUUGCUGGCUCUUGGAAGAAUGCCAAAGGGAAGACAUGGAACAGAAUGGUCUCUGCCAACAAAUAUUUGGGCAUUAAGUUAAUGCUUGAAAAAUUGUGGAAUCCGCUGAUUAACUUAGAAAACUGUGAGAUGUGUUUCUUGUAAGAAGCUGUAUUCUUGUGUGCUUCUAAUUGUUAAGCAGAUACUUGUUUGAAUAAUCUAGUUCUCUCUCAAGACAGCAUUUGCAGUUUUGCUGUACUGUGGUUAAUAAUGGUUUACUUAAUAAAAAGACUGGGCAUUAGUCCCACAACCUGUGAA